AUGAACAACCUCGGAGUCCUGCUGAAGAACGGGGCGGAGGGUGUGGAGAGAAAUGUGGGUCGUGCUGUUGAUCUCUACAAGCGUGCGAUCGAGAAAGGCGAUGACAGCAAGGCGAUGCACAACCUGGCAUCGCUCAUGAUGGCUGGAGGGGACGAGGUUGUGCAGGAUGUAACUCGGGCUGCAAAGUUGUUUCAGGGAGCGAUUGAAGUGCACGAUGAUGUCAGGUCGAUGGUGGGUCUAGGCUGGCUACUAUCCAAUGGCCCGGGAGGGGUGGAUACGGACAUGGUUCGGGCUGUAGAAUUGUACGAGCGGGCCAUCGAAAAAGGGCAGAAUGUCGAAGCUAUGCGCUACCUGGGGAGCCUAUUGCGGGACGGAGGGGACGGGGUGCGGCGGGACGCGGCGCGGGCUGUGAAGCUAUUUGAGCGGGCGGUUGAAGAGCACGGUGAUGUCGAGGCGAUGGUGGCGCUCGGCGACAUGCUAGUGCGAGGCACGGACGGGGUGCGGAGCAACGCGGGUCGCGCGGCGCGGUUGUACGAGCGCGCGAUCGAGACGCGGCAAGAUCGGGAUGCUAUGUUGAGCAUGGCAGUCCUGCUGAGGGACGGGGGGAACGGGGUUGCGAGGGAUGCCACGCGGGCCUCGAGGCUGUUCCAGGACGCCAUGGCGGGGCGCAAUGAAGACGAAGUGGUGGAGCUUCUCGGGAAACUGGUGCGGGAGGGAGUCAAGCUGAGUCGGGCGUAA